AAGCGCUCGGCGGCGGCGGCGGCGGCGGCGGCGGGGCGCGGGCCCAUGGGGCGCGGGGGGCCGGGCCGCUGAGGCGGACCCAUGGCGGGCGCGCCCGUGUACACCAUGGAGAACAAGCCCAUCGUCACCUGUGCGGGGGACCAGAACCUCUUCACCUCUCUGUACCCAACGCUGUCGCAGCAGCUGCCGCGGGAGCCCAUGGAGUGGAGAAGGUCCUACGGGCGCGCCCCCAAGAUGAUCCACCUGGAGUCCAACUUUGUGCAGUUCAAGGAGGAGCUGCUGCCCAAGGAGGGCAACAAGGCGCUGCUCACCUUCCCCUUCCUGCACAUCUACUGGACCGAGUGCUGCGACACAGAAGUGUACAAGGCCACGGUGAAGGACGACCUCACCAAGUGGCAGAACGUGCUCAGGGCGCACAGCUCUGUGGACUGGCUCAUCGUGGUAGUUGAAAACGAUGCCAAGAAGAAAAAUAAGACCAACAUCCUACCCCGCACGUCUCUGGUGGACAAGAUCAGGAACGACUUCUGCAACAAGCAGAGCGACCGGUGUGUGGUGCUCUCGGACCCCCUGAAGGACUCCUCUCGGACGCAGGAGUCCUGGAAUGCCUUUCUGACCAAACUCAGGACCCUGCUGCUCAUGUCCUUCACCAAAAACCUGGGCAGGUUUGAGGACGAUAUGAGGACGCUGAGGGAGAAGAGGACCGAGCCCGGCUGGGGCUUCUGCGAGUACUUCAUGGUCCAGGAGGAGCUGGCCUUCGUGUUCGAGAUGCUGCAGCAGCUGGAGGAUGCGCUGGUGCAGUACGACGAGCUGGAUGCCCUGUUCUCGCAGUACGUCGUCAACUUCGGCGCUGGGGAUGGGGCCAACUGGCUGGCGUUCUUCUGCCAGCCGGUGAAGAGCUGGAACGGACUGGUCCUGCGCAAGCCCAUCGACAUGGAGAAGCGGGAGCUGGUGCAGCGGCAGGAGGCCACGCUGCUGGACCUGCGCAGCUACCUGUUCUCGCGCCAGUGCACCCUGCUGCUCUUCCUGCAGCGGCCCUGGGAGGUGGCGCAGCGCGCGCUGCAGCUGCUGCACAGCUGCGUCCAGGAGCUGCGGCUGCUGGAGGUGUCCGUGCCGCCCGGCGCCCUCGACUGCUGGGUGUUCCUGAGCUGCCUGGAGGUGCUACAGAGGAUUGAGGGCUGCUGUGACCGCGCCCAGCUCGACUCCAACAUUGCCCACACCGUGGGGCUCUGGGCCUACGCCACUGAGAAGCUCAAGGCCUUGGGCUACCUGUGUGGACUUGUGUCUGAGAAGGGCCCCGACUCGGAAGAUCUCAACAGGACUGUCGACCUCUUGGCGGGCCUGGGAGCCGAGCGCCCCGAGACAGCCAACACAGCCCAGAGCCCCUACAAGAAGCUCAAGGAGGCCCUGUCGUCGGUGGAAGCCUUCGAGAAGCACUACCUGGACCUGUCCCACGCCACCAUCGAGAUGUACAGGAGCAUCGGGAGGACGCGGUCGGCCCAGCUGCUGGGGAAGGACCUGGCCGAGUUUUACAUGAGGAAGAAGUCCCCGCAGAAGGCGGAGGUGUACCUGCAGGGCGCGCUGAGGACCUACCUGGCCGAGGGCUGGGCGCUGCCCGUGGCGCACACGAGGAAGCAGCUGGCCGAGUGCCAGAAGCGCCUGGGCCAGACGGAGAACUACCUGCAGACCAGCAGCCUCCUGGCCAGCGACAGGCACCUGUCGGAGGACGAGCGCCGGCACUUCUGCCAGGAGAUCCUCAACUUCGCUGCCCAGCCGGCCGAUGGCCCAGGUCACAUGGUCGUGCUCCCCAUGAAUUCAUUCGCACACCUGCGGGACCUGUGCUUCGAGCCCGCCAGCGCCGUGGUGCAUGCGGGCGGGGUGCUGGGCGUGACCAUCACCCUGUGCAGCCGGCUGCCCAUGCCCGUGUGCGUGGAGCACAUCGCCCUGCACGGCCACUUCAGCGUCGACAAGAACAACUACCGGAAGACGGCCGAGUGGCUGACCACGCACAAGACGGCCAACGGGCUGCUGAGCUUCCCCGCCGAGCCCGCGCCCUUCCCCGCCGCCCAGCACGGGCUGCCGGCCCUCGAGCUCUCCGAGAUGACGGAGCGGAGCCCCUCGGACAACUCGCUGAGCACAGCGGGGCUCAUCUGCAGGAAUGCACACUUGCUCCUGCGCCGGCCUGACAGCAGCGCGGCCCCCGAGCCAGCGGGCCUGACCCUGGACGAUGGCGCCCACGUGCUGCGGAGCAGCAGGGUCACGCUGGAGCCGGGGCCCAACCGGGUGACCUUCCAGAUGCAGGCGCGGGAGCCGGGCACCUACACGCUGCGCCAGCUGCGUGCCUCGCUGGGCCCCGUCCACUUCGUGCUGCCGCCGCUGUCUCCACCCGCGCACUACGACGUCUACUCCCAGGAGCCACAGCUGCGCGUGGAGCCGCUCAGCGACAGCCUGUUGGCGGGGAUCCCGCAGAGGGUCAGGUUCACGGUCACGACUGGCCACUACACGGUCAAGAACGGGGACAGCCUGCAGGUCAGCAACACGGAGGCCAUGCUGAUCCUCUGUCCCAUGGGCAGCAGGGCCGUCGUCUACUCCAAUGCCAGAGAGAAGGCUUCUGAGGCGGCGCUGCGUGUCCAGGCCUCCGACAAGGUCACGAGCAUCAGCCUGCCCGCCGCACCCGCCUACCACGUGAUCGAGUUCCAGUUGGAGGUUCUGUCUCUGCCCUCCACGCCAGAGGCCAGCGGGGAGAGCGGCCCAGAUGCACAGAAGGCCGGCGUGUGCAUGAGCACCACGGACCACAAGGUGUCCAUCGACUGUCCGUGGUCCAUCUACUCCACGGUUAUCGCACUGACUUUCAGCAUGCCCUUCCGGACUACGCAUGCGUUGUUGUCCGCGGGGACACGGAAGUACAUCCAGGUGUGCGUCCAGAACUUGUCCCAGCUCAACUUCCAGCUGUCACAGAGCCAGCUUGUGGAUGCCGGGGACAGCGCAGACGUGCAGCUGGUGCCUCUGAACACACAGGCCCAGCAGCGCGCCCACAGCCAGCAGAGUGUGUUCUUCGUCUGGGAGCUGCGCUGGGCCCGGGAGCCGCCCGCCACCCUGCACUGCCGCUUCUCAGUGCAGUUCGCGCCUGCGUCAGAGGAGCAGCCAUCCCUCUCCCUGCAGCCCCACACCUACGACUUCCAAGUGGAAAACUUCUUUACGCUGUACACGGUGCGGGCGGAGAUCGUGCCGCUGGCGGGUGCGCCGCACUGCAGGACAGGCUCGCUGUGCGCCCUGGAGGUGUGCAUCACGCGCCUCCUGGACCUCGUGGAGGUGGACAAGGACGAGGCGCUGUCCGGGUCCAGCGAGCACUUCUCCACCAAGCUGCUGUAUGAAGUGGUGGACGACAGCAGCAACUGGGCCGUUUGCGGGAAGAGCUCGGGCGUCAUCUCCAUGCCCGUGACCGCGCACGCCACGCACCGCGUGCACAUGGAGGCCGUGCCGCUGUUUGCCGGCUACCUGCCACUGCCUGAUGUGCGGCUCUUCAAGUACCUCCCGCACCACUCGGCGCACUCGGCCCAGCUGGACGCGGACAGCUGGAUCGAGAAUGACACCCUGUCGGUAGACAAGCAUGGGGACGACCCACUGGACAGCGGUGGCAGCCGGGGCCGGGGCGGCGGGCAUGCGGGCGGUGGCGGCGAGCACAAGGGCUUGCCCAUGCCGCGGCUGCAGGCCCUGCCCCCCGGCCAGCUCUUCAACGCCAGCGCGGGCACGCAGGUACUGGUGCUGCCCAGCAGGCAUGACCACGUGCUGGAGGUCAGCGUGACGUGACCGCGUGGCGGGGCGGGCCCGGGCUGGUGAGUGUCUCGCUGCCUCGCCGCUGGCCGCGGGCAGCAGCCGGGCCUCGGGGCAGCUGGUGUCCUUCCUCCCUGUCCCUGCCAGUCCCCCGCUCCAGGGACACACAGACUCACCCGAGGGCCGCGGCUGCCCCUUGUGCGGCCGGGCGGGGGGAGGGGUGGGGGGGCAGGAGGGAACCCUCUGUGCCUUGGGGGCCGGGGCUGGACAGGGCUCCGGGGAGAGUGGACGGAGCGUGGCCGAGGAAGGAAGGUGAGUCCGGAAACCCCUUCCCGCCACGUUGGUCGACUCACAGAUGCACUUGGAAUUAAAUAGAUAUUAUUUUAAUUAUGGCGGCAACCGUAUGGUCAAUACUUUUCUUUUGCACCUUAAGUCUUAGAAAUCAAGAGGUUCCAUUCUGUGAACAUGGGGGUCCUCUGGUCUGGGGAGAAUGGGGGUCACGGCAGGACCACCAGGCCAGCGGGUUCACUUGCUUUCGUUGUAAAUCUAAUUGUACAUAUGGUUGAUUUAUUAUUUUUAAAAGGACAGACUAACUGAUGUAAAAUGUUUAUGUAUCAUUUGCACCAAAAAUCGAGGACAAAAUCGGCGUGUUUGCUUCUCCCGGUGUGAAAGUGCUUGUAAAUAAGUGUCAUGUGUCUCAGGCCUUUCCUGGCUGUCGACAGCGAUGUGGAUCUGUACCCACGGCCGAUCCUUCCUCCCUCACUGGGCGGCGGGGGGCCACCCCCUGCUCUGAGGCUGCUGACGGGGUUGUCGUCCGCAAAGCAGGACACGCCAACACCCCCACGUCUCUUCUAGAAACUGGAGAAGUGUGUCAAGAAGACAAAUAUUUGUGUGUUUAUCUGAACAUUUCAGAAAUUUAUUUCCUUUAGGUGCAAUUUGAAACUAAUCAACUUGAUCAACUAGUUAAGCAGAUUAGAACUAAAGCAUCUAACAGUAGUUCAGGGUUUCUAACGAGUGUUUCGUGGUUAGAACUGACAGUCGCCCUACAGAUCUGCUAGGUGUGGAGGUCGGCGCCAUCAGGAAGCCCCCAUGCGCUCGGCCCCCCCAGCACAGGCAGUGCCCCUCCUCUGAGGAGAGCUGCUCAGCGGGCUUCAGUUUCUGUUGGAUGUCUGCGCCCCGGUCCAGGAUGAAAUUCUUUGCUUAGGUACAGAUUUACAGGGAGAGAAAAUGAAGGGGAAGCCCCAAAUUGUAUGCUGGUUUCUCAGUCCUGAAAUGUAAUGAAAUCAAACUUUUUGGCAGAUCUGGUUCCCAUUACUGUAAAAGAGAGAUCCCACGGGGAUUCAAUUAAAAAAAAAACAAAAACAAAAAAACAACAUUGAUAGGGUCCCAGACAUCCACGAACCACACACACACACACACACACACAAAAAACCCUUCUGUUGGUGCCUCUGGAUUUUGGACUUGGAUUGUUUUGUAUUGUUUUGUUUUUUUUUAGACAAAAGAAUGUCAUCUGAAGCUCUUGUUUUGUUUUAACUGAAAGGAUGUGAUUGAAUUUUUGUUGUGUUUAAAAUAAAGCUUAUGUGUUUGAGCCAAGCUGGUUUUGUGAAUAAAUACGUAGCAGCUGUUAGAUUGUGAAAUCAGAUAUACACUGUUGAUCUGAUAAAAAGAAUAUGCAGCUAUUUUACAAAUCUCUGGAAUUGUAAAUACUCGUACACGGAACAGAAAGUUAUAAUUUUGGUGAAUUUCAUGGGGCCUCCUGUGAUUGGAAAAAUCAUAACUCUUCUGAUUCUGAUAUGGAGAUUGUUGUAUUUAAUCUGAAAAGAAUUUCUACCUACAGUUCCAUGUCACCACAGCCCUCAGGUCCAUUCCUCAGUGAGGAUCGGUACCCCCACGAAGAGCAGAGAAAAUGUACACACAGACAUACUUCAUUCUUCAGUCUUUAGGGCUGAACUAUAUGCGCUCCGGUAUGUGUUCGGACAUGAGGAAUGCUGCUGUCACGCGAUUAUGGGUGAUCAGGUCUUGACUGUCGGGGUUGGGGGGCGCAGCUUGGAAUGUUGGAAUGUCCCGUGGCUGCACCAAGGCAGUGCGCAGUUUGUGAACCCCUCGUGUCCAGGGGAGAGCCCGAAAGAUGCUGUUGGCCAGGAGGUCACAGCUGGUAAACGCCAUGAGUUGGUGACUGACACUGGAGGUAUUCCGUUAUCAUGGUUUACUGUAAAAGUAAUUUUUCACAUCAUUCUGUAAUAUAUUACUAUUAGACUAAAACCAUUGUAUUAAGACUGUUAAAAUGUAAGCAUUAUAAUUCUGAAAAUACACAUUUUAAGAAGUUUUGCUCUUUGGAACUUG